UUUGGUGACUGUUGUGAUUUUGAUGACAGUUUCUUGGCAUCUAUUGUGGCAAUCCUAUGAAACAGCAAUAAUAAAAACAUCUCAACUUAAAACAGUGAUAGAAAAACCUGGAUUAAUCAUAUCACAAAUUCAGAUGAAUAGAAGUGAUAUCUCUUUCACUUCACAAUAUGGAAUACAAAGUACCAUCAUUCCAAAUGAUUUUAAAAAUAUUUUGAUGAAAAUGACCAAUAUUUAUGACUUUCAGCCAAUUAUUCAACAAUCUCAACUAUGCAAAUCUAAUGACAGAAUCAGACUACUAAUGUUUAUUAUCUCUGCACCAAAUAAUAGAGAAUCUAGGGUUGUGAUUCGGAAAACAUGGGCAGCUAAAUGUCGGGAACCUAAUUCAGAGUUAAAGUGUGUGUUUGUCUUAGGUCGUUCUAAAAAUAGUUCAGUGAAUAUGAAUCUAAUAACUGAAAAUAAAACGUAUGGUGAUAUAUUACAAAUUGAUUUCAUGGAUUCCUAUAGUAAUUUAACUUAUAAAACUAUGUCCAGUUUUAAAUGGGCAGCCAAAUAUUGUUCUAAUGCACGUUAUGUGAUGAAAACAGAUGAUGAUAUGUAUGUAAAUACUGAACUUAUAACUCAAAUGUUACAAGCUGCUCCAAGAGGGAAAUUUGUAGGAGGUUUCUGCUGGGGUACAAGUAAACCAAAUCGUGACUUAACUUCCAAGUGGUUUGUGUCUUAUAGGAUGUUUCAGAAACCUCGUUUUCCGCCCAUGUGUUCGGGUACGGGGUAUAUUUUAAGUAUGGAUGUGGUACGUAGAAUAUUAAUGGUGUCCCAUAAUGUUCCUUUCUUUCAUCUAGAAGAUGUAUAUGUGUCAUUGUGUUUACAAAAGUUUGGAAUAAUGCCUAAUAAUCUUGUUGGAUUUAGCAAUAUGUACACUGAGUUUGAUGCCUGUUCAUAUAAAAAUUCAGUUAUGACUUCUCAUCGAGUUCCUUCUCAAAUGUUAGAAGAUUUUUGGCCUGUGAUACAAGACUGUCCACCUAAACAUGUGGCUCCAAGAGAUUUGUAUAUUGUGUUACCUUACCCAGUUAAUGAGUGAUAAAUGAGUUCUAUAAUAGGGAACAAGUACACAUAAAUUAUCCACUACAAAUUGUGAUUCAUUUUACAAUUCAGUUUUGAAGGACUUGAGUUUGCUCAUGUGCCUAAAAUUUCUUUUACAGAUGGCAGAGCAAAGUGGGCCGAAUGUUUAUGGUUCCUUAUCAUAAGUGUUCCAGUAUUUUUUUAAAAGGGAAUAUAUUACAUGUAUAUUUUAUUAUAUAUUGUGCAGUCAAGGUUAUUUGUGGGCAAGCAAAAUAUACUUUAUUCAUUUCGGUAGCUACCAUAUUGUUGAUAUAAAGCCUAAACCAUUUCAUAGAUUGUUUGAAUAGUCUUGUUUAAAUAAAAUAGAGUGAAAAGAGAUGAAAUUUAAUUCUUAGUUUUGUAUAUAUGUUAUAUUUAAUAUUUAAAAUGGAAGAUCAGUUAUAGUAUGGUACGCAGACAGGUACGCCAUUUUGGGGGGAUGAUUUUAAUCUUGAAUUGACGAGUCAUCAUUUUAACAUUCAAUCGCAGAUAAUUCUGGACACACAUGGAUUUGAAGGCUCAAAUUUCGACGGUGAGCUUUGAACACUAUAACUGAUUGUCUUAGCUAAAAAUUCCUGUUUCUGAGACUAAAGUAUGAUUAUUACAGAAAACUAAUUGUGAAUAUUAAAUGAUCACAGCUUCUAGUUCAAAAUUGACAAUGAAAUAAGUUUUAAAUGGGAAUGCGUCACAGCUGAGAAGAAAUGAUAUGCCAAAACAUUUUUUUGUUAUAAAAGAAGCUCUAUGAUAUAUAUUAGAUUUCUUAUUAUUUUUUUUAUUUUUGCAUGUUUAGUUGCAGUUUGGUUAUAUUGAUUCAAAGUUUAUAUGUAUAUGGUAUACCAGUAUAUCAUGUUACUUAAAAACUAUAAGGAUAGAGGUUAUAAAAAAAUUAAAGGGACAUUACGCUUUUUUUGUAGGUAGAAAUUUUUUUUUUACUCACAAUAUGUGAAAACUAUACACCAAAAUCUAGAGUCAUGUGUCCUUUAAUGUAUCAUAAAGUUUAAACUGUAGUAAAAAAAUCCAGCCGUUAAUUUUAAUACCCCUUUAAAGGGGAUUAUUGAUUUUAUGUAUUGAUCAAGGUAAUAUCAAAAUAAAUUCCUAUUCCGGUUUUCAUUGUCCUGAUGGAACAUUAGACAAUAUCCUGAUGGAACAUUAGACAAUCUCAAUGGUUUUUCUUUCACAUCACAUUCUAUAGACUUAUGAGUAUAGAUAUGGGACUGUAUAUACUUUAAUGGUUAUUAAUUUUUUAAGUCUGCAGUGAAUUGUAUAUAUAAUAUAAAUAUUAACAUGUAAAAUAAAAAGUUGUUAAUUUAUUUCUUUAUACAAGUUUCUUCCUUCUUAAAACUGAACAAAAAAUGAUCACGGCUUUGUUUAGAUAGAUGGUACUGCUGAUCUGUAUUUAUAUUUCUCUCAUUGCACACUGCAUGGCAUUUUCAUAUGUUUCUCCAAAACAGAUUUGAGAUUUUCCUUGAAUUUGAAAUGUAUGAAUAGAAAACUGAACUGUUUCAAACAUGAUAUUUGAAAGACAGUUUAUAAUUGUGUAAAAGAAAAUAAUGUAAAGUAGAAUAAACGGCUAAAAGUAAACGUUACCAUCUUGUGCAAACAUAGUUCUAUAAACAACCCUCUUAUUUUAUUUAGGUUUGUCAAUAAGAUAACCUUUAAUUAUAUCUGAAGAAAAUCAUGCAAAAUAUCUGCACAUAAAUCAGUAUUGUAACUGUAAGGCCUUGAAAAAAUGUAAUUUUGUAGAAAUCAAUCUUAAAAGGGU